AUUGAUUUCACUUCUAUAUCAGGCUUAUUAAUUUUCCAAUCUACCAUACCGUGUCAUUCACUUUAACCAGUUAUCCACCGAUUUGUACUGCAAAUCGUAUACAUUGAAAGAAUAAUUAUGUUGAAGGAUUUCAAAACAUUUUAGAAGCAAGAGGACCUGUUCCAUAAAGUCAACAAUUGUUAACAGCGGCAAAAACACCACAGACCAUGUCCAGUUUUCCGACAAUGAAGAUGAACAGUAGAUUUACCAGAGGUGUAGACGAUAUGUACAAUGUCCACGGUCACGCUGGCAAUCUCUGUCGGGAGGCAAUUUUAGAAGGUUUAGGCAGAAUAAUUCAUUCAAGAUCAGACAAACCGUCAGUAGAACCAGUAACCAUAGCAGACUUCGGAACUGCAGAUGGACGUGCUUCUCUUUCCCUCGUCAAUGAAAUGAUAGAUGUUAUACAGAAAGGCCUUAACAAGAAUCAUCCAAUUGUUGUGUACUACAACGACCAGCCAAUGAAUGACUUUAACCUUCUCAGCAAAGCUAUCCAAGGUUGUAUAAAUGAUAACAAAGUAUAA